UCACUUCUGAAAUAAACCCGAGGAGGAGCUCAGGAACAUCAUUAGAGGAGAUCACACUGGAAUAAAGACCACCGUCUGGACGAUGAAGAUCACUCUUCCUCUGUGCUGAUCUUAAGACAGUCAGGAGAUGAGUUCUGCUCUCAUUCAUGACAAACUCUUCAUCAAGUCCUUCUGGGAGCAAAAGAUCAACAAUCACAAUCACAUGACAGAAACUGAAGAAGAGAGGAUGAAGAGGAGCGCUCUCACCAAGCUGCGUGACGAGUGGCUCAUCAGACUGGAGCUCCGGACCAAACAUCUGAAGAAUUUUGGCGACAAUCGCGGGGGAAAUCCAGCCCUGAACCAACAAUCCCCGAUCUAACUGAUGAGUGCGGCUCAAUAAACACACAGACACUGAC